GACAUGCGCAGUCAGGACAGCGCGCCAUUUUGCCGGAGUUUGAAUGUGAGGUGCUAAGGCCGCUGCGCCGGGACCUGAGGAGCAGAGCGUGGCCGUGUGACAGGGGGCUGCUUUGCUAUUAAGAUUUUCCCAGAAUAAGUCAAGUGUAUCACGUGUAAAGUGUUUUAGGUAUUUUCAUCAUGGAGCUGAGUGACGCUAACCUGCAGGCCUUGACGGAGUAUUUGAGAAAGACACUGGACCCAGACCCUGCAGUGCGCCGGCCAGCUGAAAAAUAUCUGGAAUCUGUGGAAGCAAAUCUGAACUAUCCCCUGCUGCUGCUGACCCUUCUGGAGCGCUCCCAGGAUAAUGUCAUCAAGGUCUGCGCAUCCGUCACUUUCAAGAACUACAUCAAAAGGAACUGGAGGGUUAUUGAAGAUGAGCCAAACAAGAUCUGUGAGGUGGACCGUGUGGCUAUUAAAGCCAAUAUAGUGAACCUCAUGUUAAGCAGUCCUGAGCAGAUCCAAAAGCAGCUGAGCGAUGCCAUCAGUAUCAUAGGGCGGGAAGAUUUUCCUCAGAAAUGGCCGGAUCUGUUGACAGAAAUGGUAAACCGUUUCCAGAGUGGAGAUUUUCAUGUCAUCAAUGGUGUCCUGCACACUGCGCAUUCCCUGUUCAAGAGGUACCGCCAUGAAUUCAAGUCCAGUGAGCUGUGGACAGAGAUUAAACUAGUACUGGAUACCUUUGCUUUGCCUCUCACCAACCUCUUUCAGGCAACCAUUGGUCUGUGCAAUACUCAUGCAAAUGAUGUCAGCGCACUAAAAGUCCUUUUCUCCUCUCUUAUUCUGAUCGCCAAGUUGUUUUACAGCUUAAAUUUUCAGGAUCUCCCUGAGUUCUUUGAAGAUAACAUGGAAACCUGGAUGACUAACUUCCAUAGUCUUCUGACCCUGGACAACAAGCUUAUCCAAACAGAAGAUGAAGAGGAGGCCGGAUUGCUGGAAUUGUUGAAGUCACAGAUCUGUGACAACGCUGCUUUAUAUGCACAGAAAUAUGACGAGGAAUUCCAGGCCUAUUUGCCACGCUUUGUCACCGCCAUAUGGAAUCUAUUGGUGACAACUGGGCAGGAAGUUAAAUACGACUUGUUGGUGAGCAAUGCUAUCCAGUUCCUGGCUUCAGUGUGUGAACGCCCGCACUACAAGAACCUGUUUGAAGAUCCCAGCACAUUGACCAGUAUCUGUGAGAAAGUCAUUGUCCCCAACAUGGAGUUUCGCGCUGCUGAUGAAGAAGCAUUUGAAGACAAUUCUGAGGAAUAUAUCAGGAGGGAUCUGGAAGGAUCUGACAUUGAUACCAGACGUCGAGCAGCUUGUGACCUAGUCCGUGGUUUGUGCAAGUUUUUUGAAGGUCCAGUCACCAAUAUCUUCUCGUGUUAUGUGAAUUCCAUGCUCCAGGAAUAUGCCAAGAACCCAGUAGUAAACUGGAAGCACAAAGAUGCCGCAAUCUACUUGGUGACAUCGCUGGCAUCCAAGGCACAAACACAAAAGCACGGGAUAACACAAGCUAAUGAACUCGUCAAUCUAACAGAAUUCUUCAUCAAUCACAUCCUUCCUGAUCUCAAGUCUGCAAACAUUAAUGAAUAUCCUGUGCUCAAAGCCGAUGGAAUAAAGUACAUCAUGUUCUUCAGGAAUCAGGUUCCUAAGGAGCAGCUGCUGCUGGCCAUUCCUCUGCUGAUCUCUCACCUGCAGGCAGAGAGCAUUGUUGUUCACACAUAUGCAGCUCAUGCCCUGGAACGGGUAUUCACCAUGAGAGGAGGGGCAGCCAACACCACCCUCAUUUCUGCCGCUGACAUGUUACCAUACGCGGAACAACUUCUGUCCAAUCUCUUCAAAGCACUCUCCUUACCUGGCUCCUCUGAGAAUGAAUACAUUAUGAAAGCAAUCAUGAGAAGCUUCUCCCUGCUGCAGGAGGCAGUCGUCCCAUUCAUCCCUUCAGUCAUCCCACAGCUGACACAGAAGCUACUGGCUGUCAGUAAGAAUCCCAGCAAGCCGCAUUUUAAUCACUACCUUUUUGAGUCCAUUUGCUUGUCAAUAAGAAUCACAUGCAGAGCCAACCCGGCUGCUGUGACCAGCUUUGAAGAGGCACUUUUCCUGGUCUUCACAGAGAUCCUCCAGAAUGAUGUGCAAGAGUUUAUGCCAUAUGUAUUCCAAGUGAUGUCUUUGCUUCUGGAGAUGCACAAGGACGACAUCCCCACCUCCUACAUGGCUUUGUUUCCACACUUGUUGCAGCCAGUUUUGUGGGAGAGAACGGGCAAUAUCCCCCCUCUGGUGCGACUAUUACAAGCCUACCUGGAGAGAGGAGCGAGGACGAUUGCUGCCAACGCUGCUGAUAAAAUUCCUGGACUCCUUGGCGUCUUCCAAAAACUAAUUGCCUCAAAAGCCAAUGACCACCAGGGGUUUUAUUUACUGAACAGCAUUGUUGAGCACUUGCCACCAGAAUGUGUGGAUCAGUACAAGAGACAGAUCUUCAUUGUGCUUUUCCAGAGGUUGCAGAAUUCCAAAACCACAAAGUUUGUGAAGAGUUUCUUGGUUUUCCUAAAUCUUUACUGCGUCAAAUAUGGAGCUGUUGGUUUACAAGAAAUGGUUGACAGUAUUCAGCCCAAAAUGUUCGGGAUGGUAAUUGAAAAAAUCAUCAUCCCCGAAAUCCAGAAAGUAUCAGGACCAGUAGAGAAGAAAAUCUGUGCAGUUGGCAUAACCAAACUGCUGACAGAGUGCCCUCAGAUGAUGGAUGCAGAGUACAGCAAGCUGUGGACCCCAUUAUUGCAGGCUCUGAUUGGUCUGUUUGAGCUGCCUGAAGAUGACACUAUUCCGGAUGAUGAGCACUUCAUUGACAUUGAAGAUACCCCCGGGUACCAGACAGCCUUCUCCCAGUUGGCUUUCGCUGGCAAAAAAGAGCAUGAUCCUAUAGGGAACAUGGUCAGCAAUCCCAAAAUCCUCCUGGCACAAUCUCUUCACAAGCUGUCUGCCUCCUGUCCUGGGCGGGUCCCCUCCAUGAUCAGCACCAGUCUGAAUGCAGAGGCGCUCCAGUUCCUCCAGGGAUAUCUGCAGGUUGCAAGCGUGACAUUAGUGUGAGGCAUAACUUCCAUGGGGUCAUUGUGGAGUUGUCUGAAGGUUGCUGCAUGGUCAGUGUAUUGGUCUUGGACUUUACGAUGCAGCCGUUCUACUUUGGUUAGUGCCACCGUGCCCAGUGCCUGUACGCUGGUUCUGAGGGUGAAGAUUCUCAUCUGUGCCCAUCCAAUAGGAAUUAAUUUAUUGAACAGUUGGAUUUCACUCUUGUUGCCUGGGUCUCCACAGGAAGCACUUAUCUUAGUGUUACCAUUUAUCUGGUCACUGCCUCUUAUUCUUUUUGUUUUCUUUUUUUUCUGUCCUUUUUAUUUUUCCUCCUGAACUGUGAUUAAAUGGAUGCAUUUGCUUAA